UCUUCAUUCUGAAAGUAAAAUCAUGGCGUCUUGUACAUUGGAACAAAAAAGAAAAUUAGAGGUCCAGGAUGAAAAUGGAGGAGAAACAGCGGAAGAUGAAUGGGUUGGACCGAUGCCUGCCGAGGCUACGCAGUCAAAGAAAAGAAAAGUGCUUGAAUUUGAGCGCGUGUACCUGAACAACCUCCCCAGUGCUGCAAUGUACGAACGGAGUUACAUGCAUAGAGACGUCAUCACACACAUAGCAUGCACGAAGACAGAUUUUAUUAUAACUGCAAGCCAUGAUGGGCACGUGAAGUUCUGGAAGAAGAAAGAAGAUGCAGGAAUAGAGUUUGUUAAACAUUUUCGAAGCCAUUUAGGUGUGAUUGAGUGCAUUGGCGUAAGUGCAGAGGGGGCAUUGUUCUGUUCAGUUGGAGAUGACCAGGCAAUGAAAGUUUUUGAUGUUGUUAACUUUGACAUGAUCAACAUGCUUAAGCUUGGAUUUCAUCCUGGCCAGUGCGAGUGGAUCUACAAUCCUGGCGAUGCUAUAUCUACUGUAGCCUGUUCGGAGAAAAGCACAGGAAAGAUUUUUGUCUACGAUGGAAGAGGAGACAACCAGAUAAUUCAUGUCUUUGAAAAAAUGCACUCUUCCCCUCUGUCUCAGAUACGUCUGAAUCCAGCCUAUAGAGUCGUAGUAUCUGCUGACAAGGCUGGCAUGUUAGAGUACUGGACUGGCCUACCAAAUGAGUUUAAAUUUCCUAGAAAUGUGGACUGGGAGUACAAGACUGACACAGAUUUGUAUGAAUUUUCCAAAUGUAAAACCUAUCCAACCAGCCUGGCCUUCUCUUACGACGGGAAGAAAAUGGCCACAAUCGCAGCGGACCGGAAAGUUCGAAUUUUCCGCUUCUUGUCUGGGAAGCUCAUGAGAGUGUUUGAUGAGUGCUUGACGAUGUUCACAGAGCUGCAGCAGAUGAGGCAGCAGCUGCCUGACAUGGAGUUUGGUCGCCGCAUGGCAGUGGAACGGGAACUGGAGAAGGUGGACGGCAUCAGACUGACCAACAUCAUCUUUGAUGAAACUGGACACUUUGUUCUUUACGGGACAAUGCUGGGCAUUAAAGUUAUCAAUGUGGAAACAAACAGGUGUGUGCGGAUCCUGGGCAAACAGGAGAACAUCCGGGUGGUCCAGCUGGGUUUGUUCCAGGGCAUUGCUAAAGUACACCACGCUGCUCCCACUAUAGAGAUGAAGGCAUCGGACAAUCCUGCCCUGCAGAGAGCCGAGCCAGACCCAACCAUCUUCUGCACAGCGUUUAAAAAGAACAGGUUUUAUAUGUUCACCAAAAGGGAGCCAGAAGACACAAAGAGUGCAGAGUCUGACAGAGACAUCUUCAAUGAGAAACCAUCCAAAGAGGAAGUCAUGGCAGCCACGCAAGCAGAGGGUCCUAAACGUGUUUCGGACAGUGCCAUUAUACACACCACUAUGGGAGAUGUUCACAUCAAGCUCUUCCCCGUAGAGUGUCCGAAGACAGUGGAGAACUUCUGUGUUCACAGCAGAAACGGGUACUACAAUGGACAUAUAUUUCAUCGAGUAAUAAAGGGCUUUAUGAUACAAACUGGAGAUCCCACAGGAACUGGAAUGGGUGGAGAAAGCAUCUGGGGAGGAGAGUUUGAAGACGAAUUCCACGCAACGUUAAGACAUGACCGACCGUACACUCUGAGCAUGGCCAAUGGUGGACCUGGUACCAAUGGCUCACAGUUCUUUAUUACCGUUGUGCCAACACCUUGGCUUGACAACAAACACACAGUUUUUGGAAGAAUUACCAAAGGAAUGGAAGUCGUUCAGAGAAUCUCAAACGUAAAAAUCAAUCCCAAGACGGACAAGCCCUAUGAAGACAUCAGCAUCAUAAACAUCACUGUCAAGUAAAAAGAAGUAGCCAGAAGAAAGAUCAAUGGCUGUUCGAUGCAUUCUGAUGAUUUCAGAGAAAACUUUAAUAAAAUGUUUUUUUUUUUUUUUUUUUUGUAAGUGUAUAUAUAGUUUGUCCUAACAAUUACCAAGACAGACUUUUCUUUAUACAUGUUAGAUGCAUGAUGGGAACACUGAGCAGUGAAUUAAAUAAUGGGGUGCACAGGUUCCAAACCUCUCUAUUCGAUAGAUCUAAAUGCACAAUGUAUACUUUGGUGUUGCAGCUGGAGUAUUUUAGGAUAGAGAAAACCUAGGAGCAAAGCUCAUUUGUGAUUCACUUUGUGUAGGGCUGGAUAUAAAACAAAAAACAAAUUAAGGAUUUUGGACAUUUGUGUAGUAUAAAUGCAAUGACCCUAAUCAUUAGUAUUUAAAAACACACACACUGUUA